AUGUCCAAGUCACCUCUCGCACCGCUUGCUCCGGUGUUUCAAGCCUUGAAUUGGGUUGCCUUUGGAGGAUGGUCCUACGUAUUUCUUCAGCUUUUCAAGGGAUGUGAUGCACAAGACAUGGACCCUUACGUCAAGUAUUUGGAAGGCAUUUGCCUUGUGGAGGUCCUUCGAAUCAUGGUGGGUGAUCUCAAGGGCAAUCUAAAAUUAGGUUUGUUUCUGCAUGCCAUUCGUCUCGGUUCACUCUUUGCUGUCAUUCCAAGACUACCCGAAGGUCACUGGACGCAAGAUUACAUUUAUUUUGCCUAUUCGGUUGCCGAAGUGACACGGUAUCCCAUGUAUUUGUUUCCAUCGUCGAAUUUCAUCCGGCAAAUUCGCAUGGUGGCGCCAUUAUUCACCUUUCCUGUGGGAUGUUAUACAGAAGGACUUGCGGCAUAUAUUGUACUCUUGCAAGAAAAGGAGGAAGGGGCUGAGAAGCAUCCCGUAUGGCUGGUGAUUGUCCUUGCGUUCAUCUUGUUUGUGAAUGGAGUAUUGGGACCAACACAAGCAAUGCCAGCACUAAUCCAAAAGGGGUUCUUUGCUCUUGGCAUUUCUAAACCACCACCACCAAAACAAAAGGAGGUGAAGAGAAUUUAG